AACACUCGGCCAGAAGCAAGCAGUCGCCAGCAGAAACGGUCCGUGCCCAGUCGUUGAAAGUAACAGUUACAAGCAGAUCAACAGCAGCAGCCAUAGAAGAACAGUUAUUGUGGCUAAUAGAACGGUUGCUGCCGAGACGCGUUUGCAAAGUACGCACACGCAUACAAACAAAUGUUGCGUACGUGCGUUUGAAGGAGUGUGUGUGUUUGUGACUUACACUGUGUGUGUAGAGGUGCGUGCGUGCUGCAUAUAUGAAUCCACUGAAAUGCCAAGCUGUUAGACAACGCUUUGGGUCAUUUGUGUCACUUUUGUGAAACGGAAUAGAGACGAAAAUUGCAGUAGAAGUGGCAGUGAAAUAUGAAAAAAUAGCAAAUUAUAUUAAAAAAUAAAAAAAAAAAAUUUAAGGAAAAAUAAAAUUUGGUGAAGAAAAGCGGAAAAACUGCCGCCAAUGGUUAUAAAGAGUUUAUAUAGUAUAUGAAAAGUUAGAGAUAUUGAAAUUAUACACAUUUGCAAGCGCACGCAAGUGUUAUUGGUGGAAAAAUGUACGUGUUUUCCAUAAAAAGUGUAUAUGAAAUUAUUUGAAAAAAUUAAUACAAUAAAGAACAUAAAUAAAGUGUAAUAAAAGUGUUUGAAGCUGAUUAAUAUAAAGUGAGUGCUGCCACAUUAUUUAAAUACAAAUUGUCAAUAAACAAACUGAAAGUGUAUACGCAAAAUGUCCUUCAGAUUUCUGCAGCCGAGCAGGAGCUGAAGAAAGGUGCCUGCGCCCACGCACAACAGCAAAAAGGCAUCAGCAACAGCAACAGCAGCAGUGGCUGUCGAGAAAGUCAAGGAAUUCAAAGACAGGUCUACGUCAACCCUUUGAAAAGCAACAAAUAGAAAGGGGAAAGCAUGGCUCUACUUUUAGGCGCAACAGCUCGCAAAUAAUGUCUGCAAACACAUUGCGUUGGCAAUAAAACCCAACCAAGUCAAUUAAAAGCUAUAUUUAGACCGACAUCCAAAAGGACGUCCCAAAAUAUUGCCUGUUAUAUGAGUUCACCCUUUGGGGCGCGUCGAGCCGAAGCAGCAAAACAAAAUGUUAAUAAAAGAAUACCGCAUACCCUUGCCGUUAACGGUGGAGGAAUAUCGCAUCGCACAGCUGUAUAUGAUAGCGAAAAAAAGUCGUGAGGAGAGUCAUGGUGAGGGCAGCGGUGUUGAAAUUAUCAUUAAUGAACCCUACAAAGACGGUCCCGGCGGCAAUGGACAGUAUACGAAGAAAAUCUAUCAUGUUGGCAGUCAUCUACCCGGUUGGAUAAAAAGUUUAUUGCCGAAGAGCGCUUUGACGGUGGAGGAGGAGGCGUGGAAUGCCUAUCCAUAUACUCGCACGCGCUACACCUGUCCGUUUGUGGAGAAAUUCUCGCUCGAUAUUGAAACUUAUUAUUUUCCGGAUAACGGUUAUCAGGAUAAUGUGUUCAAAUUGAGCGGCAGUGAUUUGCGAAAUCGUAUUGUGGACGUCAUCGAUAUAGUGAAGGAUCAACUAUAUGGCGGUGAUUAUGUAAAGGAGGAGGAUCCUAAGCUCUUUGUAUCUGAUAAGACAGGACGUGGUCCGUUGAGCGAGGAAUGGCUAGAGGAGUAUUGGCGCGAAGUUAAGGGCAAAAAGCAACCCACCGCACGCAAUAUGUCGCUUAUGUGCGCCUACAAAAUUUGCCGCGUGGAAUUUCGUUAUUGGGGUAUGCAAACCAAGUUAGAGAAAUUCAUACACGAUGUGGCAUUGCGAAAAACAAUGCUGCGUGCACAUCGCCAAGCGUGGGCCUGGCAAGAUGAAUGGUACGGCCUGACAAUUGAGGAUAUACGUGAGAUCGAGCGCCAAACACAAUUGGCGCUGGCGAAGAAAAUGGGUGGUGGCGAAGAUAGCGAAAGUGAUGUGGAAGAUGCUGACAGCGUGGCGGACUUGCAUGGCCGACCGAUUACUGGCAGUACGGGCAGUGAGCGUCGAAAGUCUAGUGGCGCGCCACCACCGAUUGUUACCCAAGAGCCGCCAAGCGCUGAAGGGACCUCGGAUGAGGAUGAAGAGGAGGCGGCUCAGGAAGUCAGCGCGCGCUCACGCUCGCAGAGUAUACAAAUGACAAAAUCGAAAUUCGGUUCGAAGGGCGCGCUACACUCACCGGUUGGUUCUGCACAUAGCUUUGAUUUGCAGCCGCAUGCUAAGAAUGUUCUACACAAAAACGUUGCAAAUUGGCGUAUGGAACGACUGGAAGUGGACACCAAGUCCAAUUCUGAUGAAGAGUUCUUUGAUUGUGUUGAUACCAACGAGACCAACUCGCUCGCCAAGUGGAGCUCACUUGAAUUACUCGGUGAGGGUGACGACAGCCCGCCGCCAAGUAGUGGCAUUGUAUAUAAAGACAGUCAAGAAGACAGUAUUUUCAAUCAAGACUUCCUAAUGCGCGUCGCCUCGGAGCGUGGCAAUAAGCGACAGCUGCGCUCCUCGGCUAGCAUAGAUCGUAGUCAUGACGCAUCGCCGCCAGGUUCGCCAGGCACACCUUCCUGUUCCACCACCAUACUAAUACUUGUAGUGCACGCGGGCAGCGUUUUGGACGCCACCAGCGAGCUGACCGGCAAGAAGUCAGACAUUACCACAUUUCGUGGCGCUUUCGAGGGCGUUAUGCGUCAACACUAUCCUAGUCUGCUGAGUCAUGUUACCAUCAAAAUGGUACCAUGCCCUUCCAUCUGCACCGAUGCCUUGGGCAUACUUUCUAGUCUUAGUCCAUACUCGUUCGAUGCCUCACCGUCGGCUGUUGAUAUACCAAAUAUAGCUGAUGUACCGAUUGGCGCCAUACCAUUGCUUUCUGUGGCCUCGCCAGAAUUCCAAGAUACCGUUAAUAAGACAGUGACUGCAGCCAAUAUAGUCUAUCAUGAAUUCAUCAAGUCUGAGGAGGGUCACGGUUUCGCCGGUCAAGUGGUAAUGCUGGGUGAUUCGAUGGGUUCGCUGUUGGCGUAUGAGGCGCUUUGCCGCAGCAAUGGUUCGGAUGGUGGUGGUAGCCGCUCAUCGCGUACCGAUGACGAUGAACGUUUCAACGAUUCCGAUUUGGAUGCCAAGCGGCUGCUGGUUGCACCUUCACCGCGACGUCGUCGCUCCUCUUCGAGCGAUUCGCGUGGCAACAAAUUGGAUUUCGAAGUUGGUGAUUUCUUUAUGUUCGGUUCACCGCUCUCCAUUGUAUUGGCCGCGCGUAAGCUGCAUGAUGCCAAGGCAGCACUGGCACGGCCGAACUGUAAUCAAGUGUACAAUCUAUUCCAUCCUACCGAUCCGAUUGCUUCCCGUUUGGAACCAUUGCUCAGCGCUAGGUUUUCCAUGUUGGCGCCAGUGAAUGUGCCGCGUUAUGCCAAGUAUCCCCUGGGAAAUGGGCAGCCGUACCAUUUAUUGGAGGUCAUCCAAUCCCAUCCACAACAUUUCAGUGAAGCCAAUAAUAUUUUGGGCAAUAGACGUCUGUCGGAUGCCUCAAUGCAAAGUACUAUUUCUGGUCUCAUUGAAAAUGUAUCGCUAAGUACAAUCCACUCACUUCAAAUGAAAUGGUGGGGAACAAAACGUUUAGACUACGCCUUGUAUUGCCCAGAAGGUUUGAGUAAUUUCCCCGCUCAUGCCUUGCCACAUCUAUUUCACGCGAGUUAUUGGGAGAGCGCAGAUGUAAUUGCGUUCGUUUUACGUCAGAUUGGUAAAUUUGAUGGCAUUCCAUUUGUCGGCUCUGCAGACGACAAAGACACAGUCACCUUCCAUCCCAGUCAGCCACGAGAGAAAUGGAUGAAGAAACGCACUUCGGUCAAGCUGAAAAAUGUAGCGGCCAAUCAUCGUGCUAACGAUGUUAUUGUAUUGGAGGGACGCGAACAACGUCUCAAUGCACGUUUCAUGUAUGGACCGCUGGAUAUGAUCACACUGCAUGGCGAAAAAGUCGAUAUUCAUUUAAUGAAAGAUCCACCAGCCGGCGAAUGGACAUUCCUUGCCACCGAGUUGACCGAUAAGAAUGGUCGCAUCUCAUAUACCAUACCCGAACAAGUAUCGCUAGGCUAUGGCAUAUAUCCGGUGAAAAUGAUCGUACGUGGCGAUCAUACAUCGGUGGACUGUUAUGUCGCCAUAGUGCCACCAAUGACCGAAUGUGUGGUCUUUAGUAUUGAUGGUUCCUUUACGGCGUCCAUGUCGGUGACGGGGCGUGAUCCGAAGGUACGCGCUGGCGCGGUUGAUGUCUGUCGUCAUUGGCAAGAGUUGGGCUAUUUGUUGAUCUACAUUACGGGCCGCCCAGACAUGCAACAACAACGUGUAGUAUCCUGGUUGAGCCAGCAUAAUUUCCCGCAUGGUCUGAUCUCCUUCGCCGACGGUUUACUCACCGAUCCGCUGGGUCACAAGACAACUUACUUGAAUAAUUUAGUGCAAAAUCACGGAAUCUCAAUUGUGGCUGCGUACGGUAGCAGCAAAGACAUAACAGUGUAUGCGAAUGUGGGCUUGCGUUCCGAGCAGAUUUUCAUUGUGGGCAAAGUUAGCAAAAAAUUGCAAUCGAAUGCCACGGUCUUGAGCGAUGGUUACGCCGCUCAUUUAGCCGGUCUACAAGUGGUGGGCGGCUCGCGUCCCGCCAAAGGUAAUGCACGCAUGGUAAUUCCACGCGGUUGCUUCAAUUUGCCCGGACAGGCCUCAAAUCCACGGCGUAGAAGGCUGCAUGAGCAAGCGGAUGCUUUAAUGUAAACUGCGUAUGACACACUUCAAUCACGCAUUCACCAACAAACAAUAGUUUGCGAAAUGGAAUUUCCAAAGUACUAACAAAACAAAUUAACAAAAAACCAAACAAAGCAACAGCAAAUUAAUCAAAACACAAUAAAAUGCAACGAAACCGGACUAUCGUCACCCAUACGCAGUGGCUACCUUAAGCGGAAAACCUAUUUGAAUCUACACUAAAAGAAAGCAUGAAAGCAAAAAAACGAAAAAAGAAUAAAGCGAGCUUCAAAAGACUUCCAAUAUUGCGCAUGUACAAGGCGAAAUUGUAUACUAAAAUAACUGAAAUUGCAUAGAAUAACGUCCAACAUUCCUGGCUGCCAAGUGAAAGCAAAAGAAAACAAUAACGACAAGAGAAGAAAUGAAAUGUUAGAAAACUCGCGCGCUCGCGCUUUCCUACAAGGACGCCUCUAUAUUUCCGCCCGCACGCAUGUCAUACGUCUAACCAGAAACGCUUUAGCGGCAUUUAGCUUAGACAUAAUGAAACUAGUACGAGUAUUUCCUCCCCUCCACAAACGCGAAGAGCAUAGAGCUUAGGCUUAGUCAACGCUCCAGUUUAGUGCUCAUUUAGUACUCACCACUAUACAUGCCUAUAAUUAUCUAUGGAGAGCAAAAGGAUGUGAAAGAAUCAUCAGCAAAAAUAAAAUAAAGCUUAACUAUCUACUAUUCAUACCUAUACAACUACAACAUACAUAUAUACAUAUAUAUAUACUAAUAUAUGUACCAAAAAUAUAGUAUAUAUAUGAAAAGAAAGGCAUCACUUAGUGUGCAGAAGUUUAGAGUUAAAUUGUGAUGAAGCGUAAGGGAGUACAGCACUGUACACUAACCCACCCACUCAUUUGCGAUUGCUUAGUAGAGCAUUGCUACUAGAACUAAAAGCGUAACGAAUGCAAAUAAUGCAAAGAAAUGUUUAGAAAAUAUUUAGGAAAUCACGCCUAAUGUGUCACGAGAAAAUGCAUUGAAAGACUACUUUGUAUUUGCAUCUUAUAGGUACCUGGCUAGAAAGACUGUUUCCUCCUGUUGUAUGAUGGUGUUUCAAUCUACCUAAAUAAUAAAUGUAUGUAUGUUAAAUGGAUUUAAACAAACAACAAAAUAAAUAAAAUUUUGAACAAAUUAUUCAAGCAUAAAGAACAAAAAGAAGAUGAACAAUGAUAGCAACUAAAUAUGUAUAAUGCUUCAGAAAGUAUUUUUGAGAAAUUAAAGUUAUUAAUUUUAAUGAAAAAUAAGAAAAAAAAACAAAUAUGCAUAAAAGAGAACAUAUUUACAUAAACUCAUACAUAUAUGUAACUGAAAUGUAGUAUUAGUAAGAAAACACAUACAUACUCGUACAUACUCACAUACCUUCAUGUAGUUUACAUACAUACACAUAAACAUAUGACAAAGAACAAAGUUCAAAUUGUAUUUAUUAGACUAUAUAUAAAUAAAGUCACUCAAAUUAACUAAGUACAUACUUAAAUCUAAAUUUAAUUGGAUAUUUCUAAAGAAAACAUAAAACAAAAACUAAGAACAAAUACAAAAACAUAUAAAUUUAUAUGCGAAAACUAAACUGUGAAACAAAUUACGCUAAAAAAUAUCUAAAAAAAUAAAAAAAGCAUAAACAAUCUAAAAGCGAUUUAAGCGCUAAAUUUUAUUAUACACACAUACUUACAUACAUACAUAUAUACUUUGUUGCAAACUAAAAAACGAAAUGAAAUAUGUAAACUAAACAUUUUCAUUAUAAAAAAAACUACAAAGAAAUGCUUGAAAUGUCUUUGAAAACUUCCAUUUAUCGAAAACUUACAGCUCAUAUGUAUUUAAUCAAAAACUAAAGAAAAAGUAUAUAAAAAUAAAUUAAAAAUAAAACAGGCUGUUUUGCUAGAUUUGUGAAAUUGCCGCUCUUUAAAGCAAAGUACACAAUUAAAAUUCACAAAAAAGCAAAGAAAAUAUUUUUUUCAAAAACCAAUACAAGCAUACAUAAUUCAAUUAAAUUUAGCGAAAAAUUUCUUUAUGACUUAAAAGCAUGUUACUAUUAGAUCUCUCUUUCAUCGUGAUAGCGUUCGAAAAGCAUUUUGCAUUUAUGUGUGUGUUUCAACAAGAAUAAAAUAUUAGAAAUAUGGUGACAAAUUUGUUGUACGUAGAUUUUUAGCGGUAAGUGUUAGUCAAACGUACUAAAGAAAUCCACUUCACACAUUUUGAAAGCGAAAAUUGCGAAAAGUUCUCGCGUUUCUUGUUUAUUUUCAUGCGCAUAGCUCUUGAAUCGUUACGAUAUUAGUUCUCAGGUGAAUUUUUAAGCUGCCUAAAUGUAGACUAUGCCAAAUUGAAAUGAGCAGAAAUAUUUCACUCAACACAGCAACAAACACAUGCCCAUAUAUUUACAGUUUUUGAUUUUAACCACUUUAUCUGAGCUUAUUAAAGGUUUCUAAUAAAAGAGCAAGUGGGUACAUAAUAUGUGCGAAAAGAGUUUGUAAUGGUUGCUAGUAAUAUCUACUAUAUAUCAAUAUAAAUAGAAAGUGACACUUUUCCUUUAAAACACAGUUAGCGUUACGUUUUAGCCAGUUGGUUUGGAAACUCUGCGUUUUUGUUUGUUUAGCAUUUUUUUCUCGUUUUUGUUUUUCAUAUUUUAUUUCUGCGCGCGCAAAUGUAGGCCACGUUUUAUUAGCAACUUUUAUUGGGUUGAUUUAAACUAUUUUAUUUGUUUUCUACUUGUAUAUUCAAGUAUUUGGUCGGUAUUUUUAAACUGAUAUCAAUAAACUAGUUAAAUGAUCAUAAAAAAUAUAGUUUUUAUGUAAAAAUCUAAGCUUUGAAUUACUUUGCAUUUUAAAAUUUUUCACGAAGAUCAAAAAUUCGUGUUGAAAAUCGGGGUUAGGGCUCAAAACAGAACCAUAUAAGUAAAUUGAAAGCAUUACCUUAAAAAAAUGUUUUUUGGUUUAAUUUAAAAUAAUAUAUGCAUAAAUAAUGUUUAUUAGAUUGAUAAAUGAGGAAUGCACCGCGACCUUAGGUCUAUUGUGUCUAAUGUUUAUUAUCUUAAUUAAAUGUAUUUUUCAUAUAAAUUAUGAUAUUAGCCUGGCAUAAGUUUUAUUUUUUAAUGAAAAAUUAUAAAUCAUUAUAGCAUUUAUCGCAUAUUCUUUUGAAAGUGUUGAAUGGGAUCUUAAAGGAAACUGAACAAACCAUAAAAUCAUAAACAUUCCUUUGAAAACCUGAAACAACUCUUGAUUUCAAGAUUUUUUAUUUUGAAAAUGGUUUGGUGAGAUAACAUACUCAAAACAAAACAAGAAAAAAAUUACUCCAGUAUAAAAAAAAUGUCUUGAAAAAAUGUUCUCUUCCCGUUAUUGUUUAACUUCCACAUCUCGAAACAUCCACAAUCACCAGAGGGAAUUUUUAUCACCUCGUACGCUGAUGAUUCCACGAUAAUGGAAUCUAUGGCAUGUGCUCAAAAGUAAAUAGCUAUCUCUCCGACCUUCUCCCUACAUCUCCAUCACAGCGACCAUAUUCACAAACUGAACGAAGUAGUACAGACUUGACCAUUGAUUGCAGUCGAUAGUAUUAAGAUUCGGACUGUUAACAACCCUAAAAUUUUAGGAGUGACUUUCGACAGUCUGUGCUCCUUAAUUUCUCAUAUGACCGCGAUUAUCGCCAAAGUACAGAGACGCAACAAAAUCCUGAAGUCGCUAGCCGGCAGCACAUGGGGAAAGGACAAAGAAACGUUGUUGGCAACUUACAAGGCAAUGGGGCGGCCGGUCCUUAACUACCGGUCCGCACCAAUAUGGACGCCUGCAUGCAGUGAAACACGGACGAGAAAUUUCCAAACUUGUCAGAAAACUGCAUUCCGAACUAUGACAGGAUGCCUCUUGAAGUCUUCCAUAGAACACCUUAAAUAAUGAACUACUCUGCAAGCAGUUUCUGCUAUGGGCUUUCGCAGAAAUCGUCCUUCCAGUCAACUGCUUGGAGCGGAACCGCUUCCUAAGAGCAUCAAGAAGUCAAUCCUCAACAACGUACGACAUCAAACAAUACGCAGACCAGACUUCAGAUACAAUUAACUUCCUUCAAGCACUGACCGCCAUUCACAGUGGAGCCAUUAACACCUUCACCGACUCUCUUUCAGUGAAUGGCGUACUUGGUGUCAAACCACCACCCACUGCAGACGAAGAGCUCAAGUUGCCGCGAGAAAUGAGACUGACCCUUGCGCAGCUUCGCAUUGGAUACUGUUGGAGAUUAACUCCUACUUAUCCUGAACAGACCCUGACAUAUUUAUAAUAUAUUUCCAGCGUGCAAAGACACUGGCCACCUCUUCGCAUACCCUGCUAACCCUACUCAUCUGACACCCUUCUCCCUUUGGUCCGAACCCGUCGAAACAGCACGUUUCCUGCGCCUACCGUUGGAUGACGUCGACGACAACAACUUAUCUAAUCCUUACCAUCAUAACGGGGAUUAGGUAUCCGUUACAACAACACAAAAAACAUCAACAUCUAACUGGGAAAAGUAGAGGAUGUUUCAAUUUUGAAAGUUAAAAAUAGUUAAUCUCAAUUUUCAGCAAAAGUACGAGUUCCAUGCAAAACAGUUAAACGAAAAACCUCAAAAUUUGUGUAAAAAUUUCAAAUAAUUUAUUUUUGGGGUUUUCUAAUGUUGAAAAAAUAGGCAUUACUGUGGUAAGUUUUGUCAAGAAUUUCAAAAAAUUUUCCGCUAAACGACUCAGUAUCAUACAUUGGUAUGAAAUAAAGCACAGAUAUGCUGGAACUCCAAGAAAAAUUAAAAUUUAAAUGGUGGAAAUAAACAAUUAUAUAUGUAUAUUACAUACAUAUUUCUUCCUGUUUCUUCCGCAAUGAGCAUAAGACCACAACAUAAUGUUUGGUUAAACUUUUCCAUCAACUCAAUAAAGUUCACGUGAGGUAACCGGUAAUUAAUUUUAAUGGAGGAUAAUUUCAAGAUUUUUUUUUUUCAAAUGUUGGCAGGCUAAUGUAGUGAAAACAGAUCAUUUGUUGUCAAGAAUUAGAUUGUUUCAAAAGUACAAGCUAAAUGUUAAAAAUUCAACAAGCAGCUGAGAAACCAGAUGCUUAAGUGACCAGAUUGACUCAAAUUUAGCAAACAAAAAAAUUAAAAUAGCCAAAGUGACCAGAUGCAAACCACAUUAAAAAAUGCAUAAUAUAUGAUUUUCAUUAAACAAAAAACAAAAAGUUUAAUUAAUAAUUAUUUGUAUGUAUGUACAUUGCUUAUUUUGCAAAGCACAUUUGACAGUUGUUGUUGUUAGCUAAUUGAGGCUAGCGCAGCUUGCAGUUUCUAAAGACGCGCUAAUAGCGAUUCACAUGAAUUUGCAAAGGCAUAUAAAAACAAGAACAAAAACAAAAACAAAUAUACAAGUGACUAUGAAAUAGAGAGUUGUUAAGUUUAAGAAAAGCUGUUGAAGUAUAUUUACAAAAAUUCUACAAAAGUGAAUAUUUACAAGCAUACAAAGUACAUACUUACAAAAAUAAAUGAUAUUUGGAAGACAAAGUUGCAAAAAAUAGAUGUACAUAUAUUUAUUCACAAGCAUAACCAGCAAACAUACACACAAACAUAUAUUUUCGUGGAAAUAUACUCAAAGCAAAGUGAGAAGCAAAAAAGCAACAACAAACUAGUAAAAAUAGAAAGAUUCAAAGCAUAUUUUGCAAUAAGCCGAAGCAUACAAAAACACUCACAUACAUAUACACACAUAUAAGCAAACAUACAUACAUACAUAUGUAUUUAAACAAAUCAAUAAAAAGACGGCUGCAGAAAACCAAAAAUACAAGUGCUAAACAAAACAAAAAUAACAAUAAAUAAUUAAAUUAAGAAAAUUAAGAAAAUUAAAUGAGAUUCAAGCAAAAACCAAAAAUUCAUGCAAUCUAGAAUAUUUGUAUGAGCUGCAUAGCUACCAAAAUACAUAAAACGGUUAACUGUUACAGUUUCCAAACAAACACUGAGCUGUUAAUUUACAUAUGUUAAUUACAUUUGUAUGUACAUAGCUGUAUUCGAAUUUGUGGCCAUUGCUGCCCGAGCAACUUUCGGUUUGAAAUCCCAAGAACAAAGCAUACUGCGCCCCGCGUAAAUUUGCUACUAGAAUUACCAUUAUUACAUAUAUACAAACAAACAUACACACAUACCCACAUAGAAGAAAAAAGCUGUAAUUGUGUGUAAAAUUUGAAAAAAAAUGCUACUAUGUUUAUCUUUUUGUUAACUAUUGUGUAUUGUAAAAUUUACAUUGUAAACGGAUAUUUGUGGUGAAAAGAAUACAAUAAAUCAAAAUAAAAGGAAAUGUGAAGAAA